AUGUCCCAGUUAAACGCAUCAUUGCUAAGGCUUAAGUUAUUGGAUGCGUUGAGAAGUGGAAAUAACGAUAGAGUUGGCACUAUAAUCCAUCAAUUAUCGUCCACAGCAUCCACAACACAUACCACGGAUAUUGCUCUCUUGAAGCAGACAAUUUUGCACUAUGCGGUGCAGGUGGCGCCAAUGUCUACAUUGGAGUACUUGGUGAAAAAUUCCAACGAAUUUGACCUUGACAUUAACUCGCAGGAUAGAGAUGGUAACACGCCGUUGCAUCUUGCUGCUUUAUUCUCGAGAAUGGAAGUUGUUAAAUACCUCUUGUCAUUACCGGAUAUCAACGACACAGUUGUGAAUUUGAAGAAGAAACAGCCUGUGGAAUUAUGUAAGGAUAUGAAUAUUAUCCAAUUGAUGCAGUUUGAGAGAGCCAAGUUUGUUGAAACCGCUGCCUGUCAACUCCGUCAAUAUUUUAGUAACAGAGACUUUGAAAAUUUAGAAGCUUUAUUGGUGCAUAAUUCGAGGGCCUCUGAAUUAUUAGAUAUCAACGGAGCAGAUCCGGACACUGGAAACACUGUUUUGCAUGAGUUCAUUAAGAAGGACGACAUUCAAAUGUGUGACUGGAUUUUAAGACAUGGUGGUGACCCUUUCAAGAGAGACAAGAGAGGAAAGUUACCUAUUGACUUGAUUAAUGGAAAAAAUGAUCCAUUAAAGAAGUUAAUUAAGUCGGCAUCAAAAGACGAAAACAUAAUGGAUCCAGUCAUAAAUACCAAUAAUGCCAUUAAAUCUGGAGGUGCUCCAACAUACAAAGGCUACCUCAGAAAAUGGACUAAUUUUGCCUCUGGUUACAAGUUAAGGUACUUUGUUCUAGAUCAACACGGGAUUUUGUCCUAUUAUGCUAACCAGGAUGAUACUAAUAAUUCGUGUAGGGGUUCUUUGAAUUUAGGUUUUGCUACUUUACAUUUGGAUUCUUCCGAAAAGUUGAAAUUUGAAAUAAUCGGUAAGAAUGAUAUUAGGUGGCACUUGAAAGCAAACCAUCCGAUAGAAACUAAUAGAUGGGUGUGGACAUUGCAAAAUGCAAUCACAAUUGCUAAAGAUAAUUUGAAGAAAAGACAUCCCGAAAGGAAACAGUCCCUUGAAGAACAUCAAGAGAAAAAACUUCGUCAUAAAUUACAUAUUCCUGGGCGUAAGAAGCAUAAAAGAACUGGUAGUCAGGUCUCGAUCAAUUCAGCAAGUAGUUUUGAAGACGAAAACCCAACAUCAAGGGCAAGCACCUUUUCGGCUAUUUCAGGAGAUACCAUCGGUGACGCAGAAGCUAAACCUACUGCUGGCAGCGUAUCUCCAAACUUGACUCAAAUAAAAGAAAACAAAAUUCCAGCUAGGUUUAGUGAAGACCGCCCAAAUUUUGAUGCUCCAGAUUAUGAUUUGGAUGAUAUAGACGGUGCAUACGAAAGUGAGAGUGAUUCUUUAGACCAAAGAGGUGAUCUAGCAUCCAAUGAGUUUGAUAAUUCUCAGUUAAAUGAUCAGAUUUCUUCAACAAGACGCUUAUUAUAUAUUGAGAUGUCAAGUCUUUUAGAUGUGUUCAGGAAUUCACUGAAUGCAGUUGAUACUGAUGGAUUAGAUAUUUCCUCAGUUGGUACAAAUACCUUGACUCUUAUUCAAGAAUUAUUUGUUAAAUAUGAUUCAUUGAUUAAUUCAAGAGAUAAAGGAGUAUCCCGUAAGUUAGAGAGACAAUUCGAAAUUAAUAGACUUUGGGAGAAUUCCAUUCGUCAAUUAGAGAACGAAAUUGCACAACGUGAAGAGAAAUUAUUAGAAUUUGAGGACAAGAAGAAGCAAUUGAGGAAAUACUUUUCAAGUGGAGCCGGUGUAAGAACCCCAGGUAGUUCAACUCCUAACGUUUCCGAGCAAGGCGUUAAAUCGGAUUUGGGACCUAGUGGUAUUAUAGGUUUACACAACCAGUCGGUUUCAGCAGAGGCGCCAAAGGGUACCGAGAAUAAAUCCAUUCCAGAAGGAAAUGACUAUUUUGAAAAUCAUGAUGAAAUAGAUAACGGCAGGGUUGUUCAAGAUAUUUUACAUGACGAUUCUGAUGAUGAAUUUUUCGACGCCGGUGAAUUUGAUGAAAGUAAUGAAGAACCUGAAUCUGCCACUGUCGAUAAUGAUGAUGCAACUUCCACUAAGGAAGUGAAUGGUGAACCUCAAACUGAUUCGUCGGCAGCUAUAAUGGGCGGUGCUUCUGGCACUGCGGCAGCCGCAACUGGAGACGGUAUUGCAGGUGGAUACCGUGAUGAUGAAUCGACGUAUUCAACAGCUACAAAGGUUGCCGACUCACAAGCCGAAAAGUCAGAAGAUAAUGUUGCUAAUGAAAAAGAUGAUUUAAAUCCUGUUGAUGCAGAAGUCUAUACUAAAUGUCAGGAGUACAAGCUCAAUAAAAUUAAUGAUGAAGGUUCUUUCUUAGGUUAUGAGAACCCUCCAAGAGAUAGAUUAGGCUUAAGUGAAGACAACAGACCCCAGAUAGGUUUAUGGGGUAUCUUGAAAUCAAUGAUCGGUAAGGAUAUGACUAAAAUGACGUUACCAGUUUCAUUUAACGAGUGUACAUCUUUAUUGCAAAGAUUAGCUGAAGACAUUGAAUACUCGACCUUAUUGGAUAAAGCGGCACAAAUAGAUGACUCAACUUUACGUAUGGUUUAUGUUGCAACAUUUGCAGCAUCAGAAUAUGCAUCUACUAUUAAUAGGAUUGCAAAGCCUUUCAACCCAUUAUUGGGAGAGACUUUCGAGUAUUGUCGUCCAGACCAUAAAUACAGAUUGAUUGUCGAGCAAGUUAGUCACCACCCACCAAUCAGUGCAUGUAGUGCCGAAUCCGUUAAUUGGGAUUACUACGGUGAAAAUGCAGUUGUCUCUGCGUUCAAGGGUAGAUCAUUUGAUGUCAAGCAUCUUGGCAAAAUGUUUUGUGUUAUUAGACCUAAUAACGGUGUUCAAAGUAAAGACGGUAAAACUGUCGAUGAAGAGUUGUAUAGCUGGAAGAAAGUCAAUACAUCAGUGGUUGGUAUUAUGAUUGGUAAUCCUACUGUAGAUAAUUUUGGUAAGAUGGAAGUCACAAACCACACUACUGGUGAUAAGAUUAUUGUCGAUAUGAAGCAAAGAGGUUGGAGAGCUGCGUCUGCUUAUCAAUUAUCAGGACACGUUGUUGAUAAGGCUGGUAAGACACAUUGGGCUAUGGGUGGACAUUGGAAUUCUAAGAUUUUUGCUAAGAAGGUUAUCGGUAAUCCUGAAGAAGAGAAAAAGAGACGCAAUUCGUUAGUCGACUCCGAAUCUGUGGCCAAUACGAAGACAUCAAAUGAUCCAGAAAGUGGUAACAAGUUUUUGGUCUGGCAAGCAGCACCAAGACCUAAAGUUCCAUUUAAUUUAACUUCCUUUGCUAUAACGUUAAAUGGUAUCGAUAAUAAUUUAAAACGUUAUUUACCACCAACUGAUACCAGACUUAGACCUGAUCAAAGAGCUAUGGAAGAUGGUGAAUACGAUUUGGCUUCAGAUGAAAAGGUUAGAGUCGAGGAAAAACAAAGAGCCGCAAGAAAGAGGAGAGAAUCAACCAAGAAACCUUACGAACCUAAUUGGUUUGUUAAGAGCAAGCAUCCUGUUACUGGGGAUGAUUAUUGGGAAUUUCAAGACGAAUACUGGAAACUUAGGAGAGAUGGAAAGUUGGAUAAUUGUGGUGAUAUAUUUUAA